AUGGAAAGUCCUACAAUGAAGCUCAUCUGCGACUUGCCGUCGGCAAACUCCAUCCCGGACAACUACGUCUUGCCGCUGGAGAAACGCCCUUGCAACCAGGAGCUUGGAGACGACCUCUCGGUCACUCUUCCCGUGAUUGACCUCCAAGAAACUCUCGGACAUGGCCGCCAACAGAUUAUUGGCGAGAUCAUGGAGGCCGGCAAGGAGUUUGGCUUCUUCCAGGUGGUGAACCACGGUGUGGAGGAAGAUGUCAUCAAAGGCUUCCGGGAAGCAGCAACGGAGUUCUUCAGGAUGCCGGAGGAGGCAAAACUCAAGUACUACUCCACCGACAUGAGCAAGGCUUUCCGGGUCUUCUCAGGCUCUAUCACGUCCCACACUGACACGAACGACAUCCGCUACUGGCGCGACUGUCUCAAGAUCCGGUGCUACCCGGUCGAUAAGCUGAUGCACCAUUGGCCAUCACAGCCAGAAAUGUUUAGGGAGCGCCUUGCCAAGUAUGCGGUGGCAGUAAAGGAGCUUGGGCGAAGGCUCCUUGGGUUGAUCGCCGAGGGGCUGGGCUUGGCUAAUCAUGAAUUCUUCGAGGGGGGCCUCACCGGCGGGGAUAUGAUGAUGAACGUGAACUACUAUCCGGCAUGCCCGGACCCGAGCCUCACGCUGGGCAUCCGGCCGCAUUCUGACCGCUUCAUACUAACCGUCUUGUCGCAGGGUGACGUCAGUGGUUUGCAGGCCAGCUACAAGGGACGCUGGAUCCGUGUCCAACCCAUACACAAUGCCUUCGUCAUCAACUUUGGGUUUCAGAUGGAGAUUGUGACCAACGGGGUGCUUAAAAGCGUGGAGCAUCGGGUGCUGACUAACUCGGCGACUGGGAGGCUGACAGUGGCAACAUUUACCAGGCCCAGUAUGGACUGCAUGAUUGGCCCGGCACCGGGGGUGGUGAAUGAAGGGACCAACUCUCCCAAGUACAGGACCUUCACAGGCGACGAGUUCACAGAGGCGUUUGAGGCCACUACUGGCCGAAGGGAGCCCCUGCUUGACUUCUUCAAGAUCCGUCACACCCAGUAG